GUGACUUAGGCCUGCAAAAGGUUUCUGACACUCUUCUGGAACUCAACACUACACGUAACUGCUUGCAGCGAGGCAGUCAGCACAAAAUUCAAAGCAACAUUAACUUCCUGUGUGGGAAAACACUGGGUACCCCUGAAUUUGUAACAGCAGCAGAGUGUGUGCACUAUUUUGAAUGGAGGACCUUUGUGGCUUGCAAGAAAGACUUGUUUAAACCCGUGAAAGAGGUCCCUUGCUAUGUGUUUGAUGAAGAUUUGAAGAAACAUGACUUGAAUCCUCUCAUCCAAGUUUCAGGACACUACUUGGUGGAUGAUUCUGAUGAUGAUUCCUUGUUCAUAAACAUCUGCAGGGACUUAGGAAGUUCAAGUGGAGAGACCAGAAACUGCCCUGCUGGCAGUGCUGCUUGCUUGUUACACGAAGGUCAGGUGUAUGAUGUUGGCCAUCCACGGGAACAGCUGAAACUUCGUGACAAAGACAGGCUGGUAUUGAGUUAUGAGAGAAUAUACAGUGAUAAAGAAAAGCCAGACUUCUGCCUAGGCCAUAACCCAGCAGUGACAAUCACUUUUGUGUGCCCAUCAAAGAGGGGAGAAGAGAGUGCAGGUCCCAAACUCACAGCAAAAACAAAUUGCCGGUAUGAAAUAGAGUGGGUUACUGAGUAUGCCUGUCACAGGGAUUACCUGGAGAGUAAGAGCUGUCUUCUGACUGAUGAGCAACAUGAUAUCUCCAUUGAUUUAAGACCACUUAUUCAAUUUCCAGAUUUUGUCACACCAUAUUUAGCCAAAGAUGACAAAAAGGAGUAUUACUAUUACUUGAAUAUAUGCGGGGAAACUAGGGCGGGUAACUGCAAGGACAGCACAGGAUACGUUUCAUCUUGCCAAGUAAAAUCUUCAAAUAACCAGCAAAAAGUGGCAGGAAGAUUCCAGAACCAAACCUUAAGAUAUUCUGAUGGGGAUCUCACUUUAAUUUAUCCGAAUGGGGAUGCAUGUAGUUCCGGCUUUCAGAGAAUGACUGUCAUAAACUUUGAGUGCAAUGAAACAGCAGGUAAUGAUGGUAGAGGAACUCCAGUGUUUACUGGUGAAGUGGACUGCACAUAUUUUUUCACUUGGGAUACAAAAUAUGCAUGUGUUAAAGAGAAAGAAGAUCUCCUUUGCAGAGUUGCUGAUAAGAGAAAACACUAUGACUUGUCACCUCUGAUCCGCAGUUCAGAGUUAGCCCAGAACUGGGAAGCUGUGGACAGUAGCUUUUCGGAGGUAGGGAGGAAACAUUAUUACAUCAAUGUCUGCCGUAAAGUGCUGAAGAGAGGAGGAGCUUCCAGCUGUUCAGAUGAUGCUGCUAUUUGUUCUGUAGAUAAACAAAACAAGAGUAAGAAUCUUGGAACAUUUGUAUCUUCUCCUAAAAAGGUUGGAGAAAAUAUUCAGCUUACCUAUUCAAAUGGAGACAGCUGUGGUAUUAACAAGAAAAUCAAAACUGUCAUCACUUUAGUGUGCAGACCAGGUGAUCUAGAAAGUGCUCCAAUCUUGAUGUCUGAGGGUGUAUGUUCAUACGCAUUUGAUUGGUAUACUGCUGCUGCAUGUGUCCUGUCUAAAACUGAAGGAGACAACUGUCAAGUCUCUGAUCCUCAGGCAGGCUUCUCUUUUGAUUUAUCACCUCUGGCCAAGAAAAAUGGGCACUAUAUAGUUAAUACUACUGAAUACUUGUUUUACAUAAACAUCUGUGGCAGUGUGCAGGAUGAGUUGUGUCACACAAAAUCAGCAGCAUGCCAAGUAACACAAAGUAAGGAUCAGUUUUGGAGUCUUGGACUGCCCAGUUCCAAACUUUCAUAUUAUGAUGGUCUGAUUCAGUUGACCUACAAAAAUGGUACAGCAUACAACGAUGAGAAGAAAACACAGCGAUCUACCCUUAUAACUUUCCUGUGUGACCGUCAGGCUGGAAUAGGUCAGCCUGAAUAUCAGAUAGAAGAUAACUAUACAUACAACUUCAGGUGGUACACUGAAUAUGCUUGUCCUGAAGUGCCAUUGGAAUGUGUUGUGACUGAUCCUAACACCAUGGACCAGUAUGACUUGUCAAGCUUAGCAAAAUCUGAGAAGAGAGGAGAAAACUGGUAUGCCGUGGAUAAUUCAAGACCAAGUGAGCGCAAGAAGUACUACAUAAAUGUCUGUCGACCGCUGGUUGCUGUCCCAGGAUGCGACCGUCGAGCAUCUGUCUGUCAGAUGGAAUAUCAGCAUGAUCAUGUUCCUUACUCUGAAGUCACCUCUAUUAGUAAUCUUGGUGUUGCCAGCAAAGAACUAGUAGUUGAAAGACCUGGACACAUUUUUCUAACCUAUGUAAACGGCUCUGUGUGCAUUGAUGCUGAUGGAAAGAAAACUACUUAUACCACCACCAUCCACUUCAUCUGUUCCAAGGGCACUCUUAGUAGCAGCCCACGGUUUAUAGCUAUGAUGGAAUGUGUGGCCACGUUCUUAUGGGAAACUGAGGCUGCUUGUCCAAUCAAGGAAACAAAAGAUGAUUCUCAGUCCUGCUCUGUGCGAGAUCCAAACACUGGCUUUCUGUUCAAUCUGCAGCCAUUAGCUUCUGCAAAAGGCUACAUGGCUACUGGCAUUGGAAAGAAGUUCUUGCUAAACAUCUGUGGAUCCAUGCCAGAUUGUGGUAAAAUCAAUGGCAAAACAGCUGCUGGAUGUGAAGCAGAAAAUCUGACAUCGGUGAGGCUGGUGGAAUUGGACAAAACCCUGUAUCUGUCUGGUGAAGGGUUUCUAACUCUUACCUACAGAGGUCCUCUUCGUGUUCAAUCAGGGUCAUCAGACAUGUUCACGGUGACUUUCAUUUGUAAUGAUUCAUAUCCUGGAGAGCUUAAGUUUGUGCGUGAAGAGAUAAACAGUGCGCUGAACAUCCAUGAUACUUUUUUUGAGUUUCACACAGCUCUGGCCUGUGCUCCUGCUCCUGUAGACUGCCAGGUUACAGAUGCUGCUGGCAAUGAGUAUGACUUAAGUGACUUGAGCAAAGAGGGUGAACCAUGGGUUGCUAUAGACACUUCAAAGGAAGCAAAGAAGCAAACAUUUUUCUUGAAUGUCUGCAAGCCUUUACCCUAUGUGCCUGGAUGCCCUGGUGGUGCCAUAGGAUCUUGUGUGAAAUAUGGUGAUAAAGGCAAGAACCUUGGAGUCAUUCAGAUAAACCCACAGGCUGCUACGGAUGGGUCAUUAAGCAUUAUCUACUUGAAUGGUGACAUAUGCAAAGAUAAGCAGCAUUAUUCUACACGUAUAAUCUUCCAGUGCGAUCAUACAAUGGGAUCACCGGUGUUUGAGCAAGAGGAUGACUGUGAGUUUGUAUUUGUUUGGAGAACCUUGGCAGCGUGUCCUGUUCACAAAGCAGAAGGAGAGGAUUGCCAGGUGAAAGAUCCAAGGUAUGGUCAUGUUUACAACCUGAAGCCACUUUCCAAUAAAGACAUAAAAGUGAGUACAGAUGAGUAUGACUACUACUUCAGAGUUUGUGGAGAAAUAACAGAACCUUGCAAACCAGAGGCUCACACUGUGUCAUCAUGUCAAGUAAAGAAGAUGGAUAAUACUUUCAGAAAAGUAGCAGGCUUGCUUACAGAAAAACUGACUUUCAAAAAUGGUUUAAUAAUGAUUAAUUACACCAGUGGAGAAAAAUGUCAUAAAAUAUACGAACGAUCAACUGCUAUAUUAUUCUAUUGUGACAAGACUACAUCUGAGCCUGUAUUUUUGAAGGAAACACCAGAUUGCACCUAUAUGUUUGAAUGGCAUACUCAGUAUGCUUGCCCACCUGUUAAAUCUACUGAGUGCUCCUACAAGGAUGAUGAAGGAAACUUCUAUGACUUUUCAUCUCUGACACGGCAUAGGGAGAAUUGGGAGGCAAUUGCUCUAUCUGCUUCUGCACAGAAAUACUAUAUUAAUGUCUGCAAGCCCUUAGUACCAUAUGGUGCUGCACGUUCCUGUCCUUCUGAUGCCGCUGCCUCCCUCAUGGAGGGUGGAAAAUGUACAAGUCUCGGGGAAGUGGCUGAUGGUCCCCGGUGGGAAAACGGUAUUUCUGUUCUGAAAUAUAUUAAUGGGGAGCAGUGUCCAGAUAAAAUUCGCAAGAAAACAACGAUACUGCGCCUCAAGUGUGAUGAAAGCAAAAUUGAAUCGAAGCCAGAACUUAUAACGGCCAUUGAGGAUUGUGAAUAUACCUUCUUAUGGUUCACCGCUGCUGCGUGUCCUCUUAAAAGCAAUGUGCAAAAUGACUGCCGGGUAACCAAUCCUGCAACAGGCCACCUCUUUGAUCUGACAUCGCUAAAGCGAGAGUCUGGCUAUACCAUCAGUGAUUCGCACAACAGAAAAAUUGAGUUGAACGUUUGCGCUGAAGCUAAAAGUUCAUGUGCUAAUGGAGCUGCUGUCUGCAUCACUGGUGGUCCAAAACCAAUUAAUGCUGGAAAACCAAGUAAAACUUUAACUUACGAAGAUCAGGUGUUAAAGCUUGUCUAUGAAGAUGGAGAUCCUUGCCCUGCAGAGGAUCCAGACCCUGAAUUGAAGCAUAAAAGCUAUUUUAGCUUUGUAUGCAAGUCUGAUGUUGGAGUUGACAGCGAGCCUGUUUUUCUGUCUUUUGAUGAGCAGACAUGCACUAGUUACUUCUCUUGGCAUACUUCCUUGGCUUGUGAGGAAGAGGUGAAGUGCUCAGUAUUGAACGGCAGUUCUGUUAUUGAUCUGUCUCCUCUGAUCCAUCGCACUGGGUAUUAUGAGGCAUUUGUGGAUGAAGAUAUAACAGAUGUUUCUCCAGACUUCUACAUCAACAUUUGUGAGCCUCUCAAUCCUAUCAAAGAUGUCAAUUGCCCACCUGGAGCGGCUGUUUGCAUGGUUCCUGUUAAUGAAUUGCCAAUAGAUAUUGGUCGUGUUACUGAACCUCCCAAGUUAAAUGAGGCUGUAAAUGAAGUUUACAUCAUUUACAACAGCACUACUCCUUGUCAGAUAAACAACAAAUUGAACUAUACUUCUCUUAUUGUAUUUCACUGCAGCCAAGGAACUAGUCUGGGCAAGCCAAAGAUGAUAAGGAAGCUUGACUGCAGUUUUGUGUUCGAGUGGGAAACUCCAGUUGUGUGUCCUGAUAAAGUGAAAACUUUAGGCUGCUCUGUGACUGAUGAACAGCUACACUAUACUUUUAACCUGACCAGCCUUUCUGGAAGAUCAUUCAAGGUGCUUUCUGGAUCUAACAGUUACCAUGUUGGUGUAUGCAGUCAGGCAGCAGACGUGCCCCAGGGAAAAUGCAAAGAUGGGGCAGUGUGCCUGACAUCUGAAAGUGGUGUGUCAUCUUUUGGAAACAUAAAAGAAAUGAAAAUGGACUAUAGCCACCAGGAUGAAACGGUCAUCUUGCAGUAUACAGGAGGUGAUCGGUGCCCUCCAGUGACUGAAAAGGGAGAGCUUUGUGUGUUCCCCUUCAAGUACAAAGGGAAGACCUAUAAGGAAUGUAUUACAGAAGAAAAGAAUAGGCCAUGGUGUGCUACAACUGAAAACUACCAGGGAGAUGGAAAGUGGGGAUUUUGUGGUAAUGCAACUGCAAGAAGGGAAUCUACCAUUAUCUUCACAUGUGAUGAAAAUGCUGGUGUUGGGAGACCACACCUUCUGAGUGAGACACUUGGCUGUGCUGUGACAUUUGAAUGGAAGACUCAGGCUGUUUGUCCUCCCAAGAAGAUGGAGUGCAAGUUUGUCCAAAAACACAGAACUUAUGACUUGAGAAUGCUCUCUUCCCUGACGGGAUCAUGGAUCUUUUUCCACAAUGGGAACUCGUACUAUGUGAAUCUCUGUCAGAGGGUACAUGAGGGACCCACAGGCUGCCCUGAAAGAGCCAGUAUUUGCAGGAAAAGCAACAAUGGAGAUGUUCAAGUUCUUGGACUUGUUCAUACACAGAAGCUGAAUCUGACAGGUGAUACAGUGUAUAUUAGUUACUCCAGUGGGCAGGAAUGUAGGAAAAACAAGAAAGUAACGACAAUUAUAGAACUGAAGUGUGCAAAAACAGUUGGCAUGCCCAUGCUGCAGAG